AUGCCUCGGCUCCUCGGGAAAACUGGGCUCCUCCUCGGCUUUGUCCUGCUCACGCUGCUGCUCCCAGCCGGGAGGGGGCUGCCCCUGAGAAAGCUCCGAGGACCCGAAUCCGGCCCCCCGGGGCCCCGGGACAGGAGCCACUCCAAACCAGCAGAGAUUUCUACCUCACCUGGUCCCAUGUUACUCCAGGAGGAGAAAGCAUUAUCAUCCUCCCAAACCAGGAACCAGGCUGGGCUACGACGACAUAAGCGCCGUGGCAUAUCCCAGCCAGUGACCCCAACCCACCACGUCCCAAAGGAUGGUCCCAAGUCCCCUACUACACAGGAAGCUUCUCCUUUCCUAUUGGAACUGCAGAGCCUUCCAGGAUUGGCCGACGUAGAUCUCAGCGCCCAAAACCCCAACAUCCAGGUGACCAUUGAGGUGGUAGAUGACCUGCAGGCUGAGAUGGAGAUGGACUUGUUGACAGAAACCAGUGAUUACUGGUCCUUGGGCUCCCCCAGCUGGCUCCCUGCCAAAGAGCUCUUCUGGCCUCUGUUCUGGGGCUAUACAGAGGGUGAGGAGGGAGGAUCUGGGCCCCAACCAGAGGGAAAAGCCCUCAAAGAGGAAGAGGGAAAGGAGGACAGUGAGGAAGACUAUGCAACAGAAUAUGAGGAGGAAGAAGAGGAAGAAGAAGAACCCAUGCCGAGUGGAGUGGGGAGCAAUUGGCAUCAGAGAUGGCCAACACCAAAGACCUGGGAUUUCAUGGAGAAAUAUAACUAUGAUUAUGAGGUGGAAGGAGAAUGGAGCCCCUGGUCCUCUUGCAGUGUCACCUGCAGCAGUGGUACCCAGAAGAGGACCCGCUCCUGUGGCUAUGCCUGCACAGCCACAGAGUCUCGGAUAUGUGAAUUACCUCGAUGCCCUGGAACAGAAAGCAAAACAGGCUUUUCCAGCGAGGAUUGGCUGCCUGAAGUCCACAAUGACACCCAAAUGCUUGGCUCAGAGGUAGACAGCUGUGAGAAGUGGCUAAACUGCAAGAGUGACUUCCUGGCUAAAUACUUGAGGAAGGUUCUGACAGAUCUGCCCAGCUGCCCGUGUGCCUAUCCUCUGGAGGCUGUGUACAGUGCCGUGAGCCUUCCAGAUGAGCAGCGAGGGAGAAGCUUUCGCUGGAGGGAUGCAAGUGGCCCCAAGGAGCGCCUAGACAUCUACCAGCCGACUGCCCGAUUCUGCCUGCGCUCCCUCCUCUCUUUGGACAGUACCACACUGGCUGCCCAGCACUGCUGCUAUGAUGAGGGCAGCCGGCUGCUGACUCGUGGGAAGGGAGCUGGUGCACCUGACCUCAUCAGCACUGACUUCUCCCCAGAGCUGCACUUCAAGGUGGACACACUACCUUGGAUCCUAUGCAAAGGUGACUGGAGCCGCUAUCAUGCUGCACGACCCCCGAACAAUGGGCGAGCCUGUGCCGACAACCCACCUGAGGAUGAGUACCUGGCCCAGUUGCAGGAGGCCAAAGAGUAUUAA